AAAUUAGUAUCAUCUAAAGUUAAAUCUACUACAACAGAAAAUGAAGAUCGCCGCUGGCACUCUAUUACUCAGCAUAUCAAUUUUCCUACAUUCUCUUGAAUUAAUAAGUUCACAAUUUGGUGGUCCAAGGCAAACUAAUUUAGAGGAAAUGUUUCCUGGAUGCGAAGGUGUCCAUUUUCCUGAUAUCGUGGAAAUGACGGAAGAAGAAGUUCUAUCCUAUUCUACUUUCAAAAAAUUCAACAGACACCGAAAGAUUCACGCAGCUGCAAAUUACGUAAGAAGGGAUGAUUAUAUUUUUGGAUUUCUGCGAGAAAAUAUAAUUAAAUUCCUGAAUAUUUUGUUUCAACUGCGGGAACCCUGUACUGUAUUUAAAAUAAGCAAAAGAAAGUGGUAUACUAUGAACUGUGAAGAAUUAGUGAAAUUGGGUGUGAACCGUAAUUUGCGAUUUGUUAAGGAGCAUGAUCAGGCACAUAAUAUGUUACACAGAGCUCACCAUGAACAGAACCCACAUGAAGACACCGAAGCAUGCAAAGUAGCAUACCGUGUAACAAUGCCUUUCGAAUCAGAAGGUAGAGUAGGACAUAUAUUUACACCGGCAGAACACGCGAAUGCAGUCAGUUCCCUAUACAUUCAAACAUAUAAUAAAGAAUUCAGACGUUUGCUGGCAAGACGAAUUCCACAAUCAACUCCGCAACCUGAACGUCAGCAAAGAACAACAUCAUGUGUAGGACAGUGUAUGUAUCUAUAAAUAAAUAUGUGGUCUAGUGGUUAGCGCGCUUCUCCACAAACUUGAGAGGCUACGUACUGAGAAAUCUGGAGAUCUUGAAACUAAGUUUGCGGCAGUCACAAUCGAAUUUACAUAGAGAGUGCUAAGAUUUCCUUGAGAUUGCCGGGAGUGCCGAGAUCUUCAAAACUUCUUGAGAUCGGGACUUUCGAGGAGAAAUCAGGCUUGGAUAAGCUCCGCGGCGUUCGGAUAGAGUUGGUUCUCAGUUCGGCUUCCCGAGUCAGUUUGUACAUCACGAAAGUUUGAAUGCUUCCUAGUGUGAAUGCUCCAGACUUGGUAAAAGAUUGAUAAGAAUUCCUUAAAGUGUUCUCCUAAUAAUUCCAGAGCGGCAAUCUAGGAUUUCUCAGUGACUAGCCCCUCGCCUAAAUGUCAGUCGCAGAUCCGUAGACUGGCUUAAGUAAUAAUAAUAAGUAAUAAUAAACUAGGAAUAAGAAGCACCAUACGCAGGUUUAACUGUGGUUUUUCUUGUAUACUACAGAAAAAAAUCAGGAAAUUAUGUUAACAAAAAAAAAUGAUUUAGUUGAAUACUAGUGCUGAUAUUUUAAAAUACGGGCGCAACCGCUGGGGUAUAGAAUCAGUAGUCGUCUUUCCUUUGGGGGUAUAUAAAGUCAGAACGAUGUA